AUGCUCUUUGCAAACGGUACUCCCUUCGGGAGUCUGGCUAUCAAAAGACGGAGUAUCAAGUUCAUGCCUAUUUUUCGUUUUCAUUUUUUCCUGAUUAUAUUAGAAGCGUUGCGUUGUCUAUUACAUGUGCGACUCUCCUUUUUUUGCCGCAAAUCUUUUCUGCUUACUCUCUUCUUUCUCUUCGCUGUUUACCUAUCGUUCACAAGGCUUCCUCGAUUUUUUUUCUUUCUUUCUUUCUUUCUUUCUUUCUUUCUUUCUUUCUUUCCCGCCAGCAACUAUUUAGCCCCCAAUUGUCAACCGCAUUUUUUACGAAUUCUCUGUUUCUUUUUAUCCAUUUCUUAUUCAUUUAUUUCUCUCUUUCAUUCUUUCUUUCUCUCUUUCUUUCAUUCUUUCUUUCAUUCUUUCUUUCAUCCUUUCUUUCUCUCUUUCUUUCAUUCUUUCUUUCAUUCUUUCUUUCAUCCUUUCUUUCUCUCUUUCUUUCAUUCUUUCUUUCAUUCUUUCUUUCAUCCUUUCUUUCUCUCUUUCUUUCAACCUUUCUCUCUCUCUUUCUUUCUCUCUUUCUUUUUUUUCAUUCUAAAAGAAGCGACAAAUGAUCUAUCUAUCUAUCUAUCUAUCUAUCUAUCUAUCUAUCUAUCUAUCUAUCUAUCUAUCUAUCCAAGUUUAUUCAUAUCUAUGUCAGUCUGUUCAUAUCUAUCUAUCUAUCUAUCUAUCUAUCUAAUCUAA